AUGAGGUGGAAGAUCUCCUCCCGAGUCUGCUCAGCCUCCAUCGUGUCGCUGUCCCAGAUUUCUGGCUUCUACUUGCCGUCACGAGCCUCGUGUUGCUUCGUUCAGACAUCCAACAUCCAGCGCAUCUGGAGUAACUACCACAGCAACUCACAUACCAUGUCGAACCCCAGCAACUCCGACGUUAGGACCCAAAAGUCAUUGCUCCAGGUCCUGAAUGAUUGUGACAAGUCAGCAGCCCUCACGCCCUUUCCCAUCCCACAAGCGGAUCUCAAGAAGUACACAGAUACCAUCAACAGCUACUAUCAUUUUAUCAUACCCUCGGUCGGGGUCACGUUGGGCUACGUGGUUCCGUCGGUGGCCGCAGCCUUUCGUGACCAACCUGGUUGGGUUCUGGAUGAGGAUGCCGCCCCAAGAACCUUGGCUCUGGUUGGUGGUGACGACAAAGAAUCGAGAUCAGCGCUGGUUGAGGAGACUCUCUUAAGACUUCGAUCCGAGGGUAAAUUCGUCAUCCUGUCCCGUUGGCGCAAUGAGGUGAAACCUGUCUACGGCCCCCGUGGUCAGAUGCUGUUCGCUAUCGAGCGAGCCGCUGCACCGCUGCUGGGAGUGUUGACAUACGGUAUCCAAAUUACUGCCUUCACGAGGCCUGCCAAGGGUGAGCAACCCAAGAUCUGGGUCCAAAAACGCUCGAAGGAUGUCAAGUUUUACCCAGGCUUCUUGGACAACACUGUGGCGGGAGGCAUGCCCAUCGACGAGGAGCCACUUGUAACUGCUACCCGAGAGGCUUCCGAAGAGGCAUCUUUGGGUCUAGAUAUCGUCAAGACCAACAUCAAACCUUGCGGAACGGUGUCGUACAUGCACCUGCGCGACGGCCUCGCCGUUGGAGAGGUCGGUCUCAUCCAGCCGCAGGUCGAGUUCCUGUUCGAGCUCGAGCUGCCGGCCGAUGUUGAACCAAGCCCUUCUGACGGCGAGGUGGAGUGGUUCAAACUGUACGAUGUCAAUCAGAUCAGAGACGAACUAGUCAAAGGCAAUUUCAAACCGUCAUACUCCGUUGUGAUCCUUGACUUCCUCGUCCGCCACGGCCUGCUGCACGCCGGAAAUCUGCCCGACUUCGUCGAGAUCACGACCAGGCUGCAUCGCCCCUUCGAAUUUCCCAUUGGGUAUAGAACUAACCCCUGA